AGCCGCAAGGCGUCGUUAUUCAAAUUUCUUACUAAAGAGUCGUUAGAACAUUUGGCAGUUACAAUAUAUAUUUGUAGUAUAUUAGUUUCCAAAGUGAAAAUUAAAUGGUUUAAGUGUUGAAUACGUAUAUAAUUUCAGAUUUAUUUUUAUUUUGCCAUAAUUAAAGCAAAUAUGAGCACAGAAAAUUCUGACUCUGGUAGUGGUAUAGCCCUCUCCUUGGUGGCACAAUUUGACGAUAUAAAUCGUUUGAACAGUGUUUUAAAUGAUGGAACAUCGGAAGAAUGUUUUCUAGCAUUUGUAAAACAAAUGGAAUGGGUGAGAACCCAGUGGGCCACCGCAGAGGCGGAAGCGAGGCGCUUACAGACAGAGCUUGAUGAAGCCUUGAAUAAAUUAGAAAAAUGGGAAGCGAAAUUUGCUCAUGUUCGGAAACUCCUAGACGGUGAAAAGAGAGAAAGAAAUGUAGUUAUGAAGAAAUAUAAUGAGUUGAGCAAACUCUUGGAUAUGGCUAGGGAUCUGCUCUUCAAUGACAACCGAGCGAAGCUAAAUAAUGAAACCCUACAGAAGCUGGCCUUCUUGAAUGGCACGGCACAACAGGACCAUAACGCCAAACUGAAUGGUGUACCGGAACUUAAUUCUACUGGGACACUAUUAUCCGAGAUGUCAUAUUCACGUUCGGAGGAUGAUCUCGAUCUGUCACUGGCUUCGACGCGUCGUUCCUGGGUCCAGCGUGGAGGUUGGGCUGCUCGGCCUGAUGCUCCUAAAAAAAGACGAUCAUCGACAUCGUCAGCUACUAAGACAGUGGAACUUCAUGGUGGUAAAGUGCUGGCAACUGCGACCACCACACUCACGCUUGAGAGAGCCCCCACCACCCACGACCUUAAACCACCACAGAACUUUCUUCCUAUAUCUGAGAGUAGCGAUGAAGCGCAAACCCCUCGUCCGCCCGCGCCUCGUCUGUCCCGCAAUAAACAGGAUGUGGUGCCCUCCGCGCCCCCAGAGUCCGAGAGCGCCUCUGAUACUCCGAAAGCUCGCCCUCAAAGAACUCCGUCGGUGAUGUCAGCUGUAUACGGCUCGCCCAGGGUGAGGCCGAGGCAACAUAACUUUAUAGGAAAAAACUUCUACAAGCGAGAAACGUGCGGACCUUGCGGCAAGACCAUAAAGUUUGCCAAGAUGGGUGUUAAGUGUGAGCAGUGUCGUGCGCAGGCGCAUCCCGAGUGUCGCUCUCUGCUGCCGCUACCCUGUGUGCCGCCUGGAAGAGCACUAGCGCACCAGGAGGGUAGUAUAGCUGACUUCGCACCGUCCACUCCACCUAUGGUCCCGGCGCUAUUGGUUCACUGUAUUAAUGAAGUGGAGAAAAGAGGUCUCACUGAGAGAGGGAUAUACCGCAUAUGUGCCGUCGAUAAAGACGUUAAGAGACUUAAGGAGCGUUUCCUCCGCGGCUGCGGGUCGCCGUCCCUGUCAGGUGAGGACGUCCACGUGGUGUGCGGUUGUAUCAAAGACUUUCUCCGCUCGCUCAAGGAGCCUCUCGUAUCGAGCGCGCUGUGGGCUGACUUCAUGAACGCGGCGUCGCUCGCCGAACCCAGUGACGUCACAGCCCAAAUGGUCCACGCCGUCUCCCAGCUGCCACAGCCCAAUAGAGACACACUAGCAUUCCUCGUGUUGCAUUUACAGAAGGUAUCUGAAAGUCCUGACUGUGAAAUGGGUGUUGACAACUUGGCGCGAAUGUUCGCCCCGAGCGUGGUGGGCUACGGUCUAACGACUGCUGCCCAAAUGUACACCGCUACUGAGAAGAUGUUCACUGUGAUGCAAGUGUUAUUGAACCUACCGGGCGACUACUGGUCCCAGUGGGCGUGUCCCUCUGAUGUGAGUUCGCCUCUCAAUACAAACAGACCCAGAGGAUUCUUCUUCUCCCCCGCUGAUACUGGGAUUUCAAGAAAGAAGAGAAACUACUUUCAGUAAUGAAUGACCUGAUAAUAGUUUUGUUUCCUUUGUUUCUAUUGUUAGAGACAAGUAAUGUUAACCACGAAUAUAAGUGCCUUCAUACAAAGCUUGAAUAUGUUUACAUUUAAUUCUAUAUACAGGUAGUUAAUUUUUUUAUAGGUUAUUUUAAUUUAGCAACUGCAUAAUGAAAGAUUUCGUCUAAGUUAUAUAUAAAAUGUUUGUUAAUAUGUUUAAAUAUAAUAUAAAUUAAGACUCGAUCUGGACGGAUUAUAGGAAUAGUAGGUACUUAAUAGAUUAUGUUAUUUAUGUACGCUUUGUAUGACAAUAAAAUAACAUUGUAAGUUGCCAAGUCUCUGUUAAUAUAUAAAUGUACAUAUUGAUUUAAAAUGAUAUACAUGUGUUGGGUCGUAGCUUUACUCGUUGUAUUUGUUGUAGUCGAACUGCAGACUUCUCGUAUAGUCCAUGUUUGUAGCCGAGCUGCGACACUUGUUUAGCUUAAUCGUGUUAUUGAAUAUUUCCGUUAUCGUGACGUCACGCCACCGCCUAAGAUGGUCGAUCUAGAGAAUAUUUAUCUCACACAUUCAGAGUACAAACCGAAUUGGGUCGUUUUAUUUCUUUCCGUUUUUUUUUUUUGUUAGUUUAGGAAUAUAUAUAAGUGUGAAUAAUGUUCCGCGUACAUCGUUUCUUUGGUCGGGUUAUGAUAAGACAUGUUUAAAUGUAAUCAGUAAUCGCUUUCUACUUGAUAAUAUAAUGGUAGUUUUAAGUUAAUGUAUUAUUUGUGUGGUCUAAGGCGCUUUAUAUCUACAUUAGCUUGGUUUAUAUAUGCUGAUAGAUCUCGUAGGUUAUAUAUUUAUUGAAACGCGAUGUUUCUCUCGUUGGACGUUCGUUUGCGUCGUUGUGUUAGUUGUGAAUUCCGUUUCCUUAGACUUAACAUUUUCCUAGUCACCGACUAGUGUAUGGGUGUGUGUUCUAGCUACUAACGUAGGUUAUGUUUUGUUUGAAUCGGUUGCUGUAUUUUUAGUUAUAAGGCUGUGUAUAGUAAAAUAAAACCAUAAAAAACC